ACUCCGUAUAUCAUCUCUCUUUAUCUCCAGCUGUUGUUCAACGUGGCUAUAGUCUCUAUCUUGCUGUACUUUGUAUACACUUUUAUCUCCACAGUGAGAGCAGAUGUGGAAAACAAGGUUGAUUCAUAUGCCACGGAUAUCAUCCAGGAGAUUGCUAUCUGUGCCAGAGAGUAUAGCAGAAAUAAUUGUCAACCAGGCCAUCGUGUUGUUGCACUAGAAGCUGCCUGCUCUGAAUGGGAAAAGUGCAUGAAUAGGGACCCCACCACCGUUGGACGUGCAAGAAUUGGUGCAGAGACAUUUGCCGAGAUCAUCAAUGGAUUCAUCAAGCCAAUCUCUUGGAAGUCGAUGUUCUUCAUCGUGUUCAUAACAGUUGGCUCAUUAGUGUUGACCAAUGCUGCGUUCGGCACGUAUAGA